AUGGAGCGGCUGUAUCAAUGCUCCCAGUGCGGGACAGGCUUCCGGUGGCAACUCCAUUUGAAGAGGCACCAGAAGAUCCACACGGGAGAGAAACCUCACGAAUGCCCGGACUGCGGGAAAAGCUUUUCCCGGAGAGAUACGUUAGUCAAUCACCGGAGGACCCACACAGGGGAGAAGCCGUAUGAAUGCCCCGAUUGCAGGAGAAACUUCAACCACCCGUGCAACUUAAUUGAACACCAGAAGACGCACACAGGGGAGAAACCGCACGAAUGUCCCAAGUGUGGGAAAAACUUCUCCCGGCGGGAUACGCUGAUCAAGCAUCAGAGAACCCACACAGGGGAGAAGCCUUAUGAAUGCCCCGAGUGUGGGAAAAGUUUCCACCAUCCUUGCAGGUUGAUUGACCACCAGAAGAUUCACACGGGAGAGAAGCCUCACGAAUGCCCUGAGUGCGGGAAGAACUUUUCUCGGCGAGAUACGCUGAUCAAACACCAAAGGACCCACAUGGAGGAGAAACCUUAUGAAUGCCCUGAGUGUGGGAAAAGCUUCAUUCAGAAGAAGGCAUUCAUCAGACACCAGAUAAUUCAUUUAGGGAAUACGUCCAGCUAAUAUUCUUGAAAAGUGCCACAUUCCACAGAAAAAAAAGGGAGAAGUGUUGGUUACAUCCUGAUUUGCAGUGGAGAAGCCAAACCUUAUCUACGUCACAAGACAUAGGCGGAUGACAACAGAGAAACCUAGGAAAAACAGGCUGAAAUAAAUAAAUUGAUUCAGCAGGAAGUUUAAAGUAAUAUUUGAUUAAAAAUAGAAAUUGGACCCAUACUUUCAGUUAUCACAAAAAUAUUUUUAAAAAGGAGGAGAAACAGUUGGCGUCAUAGGUAUUAAUUUAGAAGAUAUAGAUGAUCCGAUUAGAAAAAUAAUGUGCACCCUGGUGGUUGAUAACAAAAUGGAUGGUGUUUUGUUGAUGAAUAGCUAUUAUUUCUAAUAGCAAGACUCCACCCCAGGUUAAUUAGUUAAGUCCCCAAAUGUUCUAGACUCCAUUACGAAACAUCUUGGCUUGAUGGUGCAGAACGAAGGCCAGGGACCCAUCACAAGGGCAGCCACAGACCCACACUGACAACAACAGCUACCAAUGACUCACGCUGUAUUAUACAGAUGUGGAAGUGUGAACUCCACA